UCUGACCCAUAACGACUUCGGUUACGUUUGCUAAAGCUAUCAUGUGUAGUUGUUGAGCCAGGCUCUGCCUAACAAACAAUCUAAUUUUGUAUGUAACUUAGUGAUAGACAUGUCACUGUAUCUAGCCAAUGGCUGUGUUUCAUAAAUAUGUUGGCUGAAGUAACAUUAGAAUGAGGACAUGUAUAAAUCACCGAGGAGUGGUGUUUGAUGCCUGAUGGAAGGAGCCGCAGUGUCCACCAUAGAGAAACAACUCGGAUUCUGCCCAUUUCACAUUAGUAGGAUGGAAAUAUAUUUUGAUGAAAUACAAGCCAAGUUUCAUAUUCAAAACAAUGCGAAGACACCGUAAUGAAGUGACAGUAGAAUUGAGAAAGAACAAACGAGAUGAGCACCUGCUGAAGAAGCGCAACGUUCCUCAGGAGGAGAGCCUCGAGGACUCAGACGUCGACUCAGACUUCAAAGGGCAAAAUGUAACACUAGAUGCCAUCCUACAGAACGCAACCAGUGACAAUGCAGUAGUACAGCUCAGUGCAGUGCAGGCCGCCAGAAAAUUACUCUCCAGUGAUAGAAACCCGCCCAUUGAUGACUUGAUCAAAUCUGGAAUCCUCCCCAUUCUAGUAAAAUGCCUGGAAAGGGAUGACAAUCCCUCGUUGCAGUUCGAGGCAGCCUGGGCCCUGACCAACAUCGCAUCCGGCACAUCCGCACAGACCCAGGCCGUGGUCAAGUCCAGUAAGUAUGCAGUUCCCCUGUUUCUGCGGCUGCUCCACUCUCCCCACCAGAACGUGUGUGAACAGGCCGUGUGGGCGCUCGGUAACAUCAUCGGUGAUGGCCCUCAGUGUAGAGAUUACGUCAUCUCUCUGGGCGUGGUCAAGCCGCUGCUGUCCUUCAUCAAUCCCUCGAUUCCCAUCACCUUCCUGCGGAAUGUCACCUGGGUCAUUGUCAACCUGUGCAGGAACAAGGAUCCUCCGCCACCCAUGGAGACCGUCCAGGAGAUCCUGCCAGCCCUUUGUGUCCUAAUAUACCACACUGAUAUAAAUAUCCUGGUGGACACCGUCUGGGCGCUCUCCUACCUGACAGAUGGAGGCAAUGAGCAGAUUCAGAUGGUCAUUGACUCGGGGGUCGUGCCCUUCCUGGUCCCGCUGCUCAGCCACCAGGAGGUCAAAGUUCAGACGGCUGCCCUGAGGGCGGUGGGGAACAUCGUCACGGGGACAGACGAGCAGACACAGGUGGUUCUGAACUGUGACGUCCUCUCACAUUUCCCCAACCUUCUCACACACCCAAAAGAGAAGAUCAACAAGGAGGCGGUGUGGUUCCUCUCCAACAUCACCGCGGGCAACCAGCAGCAGGUCCAGGCAGUGAUCGAUGCCGGGCUCAUCCCCAUGAUCAUUCACCAGCUGGCCAAGGGCGACUUUGGUACACAGAAAGAAGCCGCCUGGGCUAUCAGCAAUCUGACAAUAAGUGGCAGAAAGGACCAGGUGGAGUACCUUGUCCAGCAGAAUGUGAUCCCGCCCUUCUGUAACCUGCUGUCGGUGAAGGACUCGCAGGUGGUGCAGGUGGUGUUGGACGGCCUCAAGAACAUCCUCAUCAUGGCUGGAGAUGAGGCCAGCACCAUCACAGACAUAAUCGAGGAGUGUGGAGGUUUGGAGAGGAUUGAACAUCUCCAGCAGCAUGAAAAUGAAGACAUCUACAAACUGGCGUUUGAGAUCAUCGAUCAGUACUUCUCAGGAGACGAUAUCGAUGAAGACCCAAGCCUCAUCCCCGACGCUACUCAGGGAGGAACCUUCAACUUUGACCCCGCCCCUAACCUGCAGACUAAGGAGUUCAAGUUCUAGGUGAGCGCGUGUUUGGGUGGGUGUGGCCUGCUCCUCAUUCCGGCCCCGCCCCGCCCCCAAGACAUGGCGCCAACACACCAGAUCUACUGGACACAUACACACACAUGCAGACAUACACACACGCACUGAAGGAUCAGCCUCUUCACCACCCAUCCUCUCUGAUGCUUCUGAACGAAGGAACGCAAAAAAAAAAAACGAAACAGAAACCGACCACAGACUAAAAAAUGAUCACCACCCGCCUCCUCUGUCACUGCAGUUGCCAAAAAGUUGCUCUUUUUCCUUUUUUUUUUCUUCACUGUUCUCUCUCUCUCACACACACACACACUCACUCACUCACUCACUCACUCUUUCUCUCUCUCUCUCUCUCUCAUGUAGACUGGAGUCAGAGUCAAACAAUGUGCAUGAAAGUUAACACACAGACACACACACAGACACACAAAGAAGAAAUGUGUGAUCAAACCAGGCCUCAUGUUCUUGAGGGAUGGACUUGUGUGAAAUCCUCACUUUGAAGAAGGCAGGGAUUCCCUCCCCUCUCAUCAGACGGUCACCCUCCUCCCUCACCCCCACCCCACCUCAACAUAUGAAACCUCUGUGCACAGUGUCCCAAGAGGCCAGACCCCCAUAACCCAGCCUUGAGAGGUACAGGCCUACACUUCCCUGAAUUCCUUUGGGGCUCUGCUCUCAGGCUGGGGAAGGAGGUUCCCUCCACACCCCUCUUGGACACCAGAUUUUUUUUUUUUGGUCCAAAUCUAAUGGAGUCAUCAUGAAAACUACAAAUGAACCAUGGAUGUUGCGUUCAAAAGGAAAAUAAUGAAAGGAAAAGACAACACACCACACUUGAACAGAGGAGAUCAUUUUCUUUCAAAGCGUUGUCAUCUGUUCUGAUUUUGAACACACAAACAUGAACAUAAACAUAAACAGCCUGACUCAUGCACACAGGAUGGAAGUGAACUCUGUGAGAUCGACGCCUGGUGGUAGCCCACCCCACCCCACCCCCCCGUCACCUCUCCCUCUGGGGCCAGGGAGCCCCACCCUAACCCCUCACCUGCCCAGAACCACCACACUGCUCCACACCUACCACUGCUGAGUCUGCUGGAGCACCAGGACCCCACCCACCCAGAAACCCUUGCCCCCCACCACCACCACCCUUCCUGUCUGGACCUGCACUGAAAAGAGCCCCUCAGCUGAAGACUGACCCUUCCUCUCACAGACACAUACACACCAUUUGUUUAGUGUCCCCCCCCCCCCCCCUUCGCUUAGAGGGAGCUCAACUCUCUGCUGUUCAUUGUAAGGGCAAAAGAGAGAGAGAGUGGCUCAAACACAAGAGUUUGCUGCAGCAGUUGGAUUUAUCGGAAAUACAUUAUUUUAUUUUUUGUUUUAGUAUAAGUUUUUUUUUUUUUAGUCUGGAGUGGCAACAGUGACUGCCCCACCACCCUUUUCUCUCUCUCUUCCAACCCCCGAAUCCUCUGCACAUCCCCUGCAGUUACCCCUCAACCCCCCCCCAACCACCACCACCCUUCUCUAUUACCUGUGGUUAGUGGAACUGCAGUAUGUGUCACUGCGCUGUGGAGGAACCCAUUCCCGUCGGCAGGGUUCCGCUUUUAUUUUUCUUUCGCUUUUUUUAUUUUCAAUUCUGACAUUUUAUUUGCCACAGACCUAAUUGUACAAACAAACAAAAAAAAACAAAAAAAUGAAACUUAAACAUAACUAUCCAACUUUCUGCUCACGUAAGGUCUUUUAUGAAGCCGCUGCUGCACCUACUAGUCUUUUGGUUGGGACACUUGCAGGCGCUAACCUUGUUUUACUGAUGUCUGCAGUCACCAGGAAUGCUGGUGUAACAUGCAUAUUUGUGAUGACAGAACGCUGUUCUUUGGACAUGGGCUUUCUCACUGUUUGUGACUGGACAUUUUCUUUGUUUUCCCUGUGCAUUCACUUUGUAAAGGGAUUUGAAAAAAAAAACGAUCUAUAUAUAAAUAUAUAAAUAUACAUUUGGACUAAUGUAGUAAUGUUUUGGCUGUGAACUACUGAACGAGAGCUGGAGAAACAGCCAGAGCCUCUUGGAAUAGCCAUUUCUAAUUGAUGAACAAAAACUCCUAGCAGGUGUACCUUCCUGACAAAUAUCUAGACACAUAGUAAAGAGCCACUUUAAAGGUAAGAUUUUUUCUUUUUUGUCUUGUAUCAGAAACGGAUACAAGCUUAUGCUUGUUGCAAGAUUUUACUUGCUAAAGAGAAAAAAAAAAACAUAAAUAUGAAAAAGCGACAGAUAGCAUUUUGGCCUCUGAUUGUUUAUAUCUUUUUAUAAAUUUUAGAAUCAAUUUCUCUUUAAGGUGGCUCAUUGUCUCUUUUCAACUCCUGUGCAUAUUAAAGAAAAGAAUGAGUUGAAAUUCA